AUGAAUCUGACGAGUCUUGAAUAUCUUGAUCUCCAUGACAACAACAUUACAGGUAAUUUCCCAGAGUUUAUUUUUGAAUUGACAUACCUUCAAGUUCUGCGUAACAAUUCUCUACAUGGCUCACUAGCACCCAACUCAUUCUCCAACCAAAGUAAACUCCAAAAUCUUGAUCUUUCAAAUAACAAUCUUGCUGGAAGUAUCCCUUCAGAGUUCGGAAAUCUAAAAGAAAUGAUUCCCCAUGAGAUUAUGUAUACAAAUGGCAUGGGAACUGACGACAUAGUUGUGAACAGGAUUGAGGCUACAGUUACAUCAUUUAGUCGCAUGUUCCCCUUUUCGAUCAAGAUCAAUGACUUGAUGGUGAAUUGGAAAAAGGCCACACAAGGUGCUAUUCCAGAUUCACUAGGAAAUCCCAAGAGACUAAAACUACUCAACGUGUCCAAUAACAGACUCUCGGGACAUAUACCACAAAAUCUUGGGGAUCUAAAGAGUUUAGAGACCUUGGACCUAUUUAACAACAAUAUCUCGGGUACAAUUCCACAAUCAUUUACGGAGCUAAAGCAACUAUCCCUGUUAGAUGUAAGUAACAACAAGCUAAGUGGUAAAAUCCCGCGGGGUGGACAAAUGGACAAGAUAAAUGAUCCGCGAUAUUUUGCUAACAACAGGGGAUUAUGUGGGAUUGAAACCAGGGUGCAAUGUUCACAAGAUGAGCCAACACUAUAUGCACACGAAGAGGGUAACGACGGUGAACAGGAAUCAUGGUUUUUGUGGGCAGGACUGGGGAUUGGAUUCCCACUUGGUUUCAUUUUAUCAGUAGUUAUAGCAUUUGUUGGUGGAUAUCUUGUUCCAACACAAAAGCACCACUCCGUUCACCACAGGCAAAUAGGAACGCGUAGUUUUAAGAGUUAUACAACACUUUAUAAGAGUCCUAAGACGUUAUGA